AUGGGCAACUCCACAUCCCGACCGAGAAAACCCAAGACCAGAGGCCAGUUGUCGAGAACGAACCCAAAGCUCUCCGCGGAAGCCGCCUUACAGCAGCGGAUUUCCCUCAACAGGGCCACACUCGACAAGUUCCUGCAGCAAAUAGGACACCCUAAUCGUGGGAGAACGAGGGACUCGCUUAUUCGACUAGCACAACAACAACGACUCUCCCAGAUCCCGCCGUCGACACCUUCGCACGGAAGGAGCUCACAGACUCCAAUGAGGGAGACGACUACGCCCUUGAACACCACCAACAAUCCCCAGCCAAGCAGCGCGGACCCAAGAUCUCCGACGCCCACCGCAGCGGCUUUCCCCCAGAGAGACAAGCCUCUGCCCCCUCUACCGUUCCCAACCCCACCCCUCUCAUGCGCAUCCACAAGCUCCUUCGGCCCAUCUCAGGUUGCUUAUCACCAGUACCAAGAUGAACACCGGUACCAGCACCAGCACCAUCUCUCAACACAUCACCUCGCACGCGACGUCCACAUCGCACACCACCGCGCCGCAGCCCUCCGACGGCUUGAGCAGUCGUCGCCGCCAUCAUCGGAGGACGACACCGAGAGGGGUGUUGCUAUCGACACCGGCACCUGCGCUGGUACCUUGCCGCGGGGUGGGAGCGGGCGUGGACAUGGAUCUGGAUCUGGACUGGGGGCGUGUCACACCCCGCGGCAAGAGGACGUCCUUUCUCUGCAGAGAAUGUCCCCUGCGACGGUGUACGACAGGUCGCGGUCGCGCGUGCCCGAGGUGAUUCUCCGGCGGAUUGAGCGGGACUGGAACCGGGAGCGGGAGCGGGAGCGGCGCGCCGCGGUGAGUUGA